AUGGCGUUCUUCAAGGCUGGCCAUGUUGAAGAAAUUCUUGAUGUCGACCUCACCGCCCCUAGUGCUCGCAGCCGGGAAUUCUACAUGCCUCACCGUCAAGUCGUCACCAGAAGGGCCACUGGGGACAAGUGGCGAAUUGUCUUCGACGCUUCGGCCUCGUCGCCGGGCGAAUCUUCGCUCAACUCCCCUCUCAUCGCAGGGCCAAACUUGAACCCCGACAUUCUUCGGCUCUUGCUCAACUUUCGACUUAGACCGGUGGCCCUAUCGGCUGACAUUGCUCAGGCGUACAUGACAAUCAGCCUCGUCACCGAGGAUCGUCCCUUCUUCCGCUACUUAUGGCAGCGACCUGGGGAGACGCGGUGUUAUGGGCUCGAACGCCCGCGCUGCGCUCAUUUGAAUAUCUGUCAACACGAAGAGUGGUUUCGACGUUCGCGUGUAAUCGUGAAAGAAAGAGAAAUGGACAACAGAGAAAACAGCAGUAAGAACCGGCCCGCGCCAUUGGAAGUGGUGGCUGGCGAAGAAGAUCAAGACAGGUGGAAUACCUUCAAAGAAAGCUGGGCCGAUUACAGCCUACUAGAGGGUAUCUGCAAAAAAGAGCCGGCUUUCCAGAUAGCAAGUUUCCGCGUCGCACUCGGUGAAGCCAACAGAGAGCUUUUACGUAACCUCAGCCUGGGCGCAGUGCUCGAGAAUGACAAGGCUGACGCGUUAGGCGUGGAACCAUGCUCAUCGCUCCGAGCAAUGUUGGUGAUUCUCGACCAACGAUUCGCAAAGCAAGAGAACACAAUCCACCGGAGAUACAUCCUCCGGAAGGCGAUCCAAGCGACCGGCGAAACAGUUGCGGAUUUCUUCGCCCGAGUCACGGAGCUCGCUAGAAGAUGCCACUAUGACAGCAAAACAACUUCCAUGAUGAUUCGAGACCAACUGGUUCUGGGCACGAAUCUGACGGAAGCUCGCGCUUCAAUAUUCAAGGAGUCAGAAGACUUCUCCUUGGAACAAGUAUUGUCGCGAUUGAGGCUGUACGAAGAUAAUCAGAAAGCCCUCGGUGAAAUCGAGAGAAGCGGAGCCGAGGAAAACGUGAACGCCCUGAAACAAAGACCUCAAUGGCACGACAAAAAGCCUAGAGAAGACAUCAGGAACUGCGGAUUCUGCGGCGGCAAACAUGCGCCCAGGAAAUGUCCCGCAUUUGGAAUCAAAUGCAAGAAAUGUGGCCGAAAAAAUCAUUUCGAAAGUGUGUGCCGAUCUGUCGAGCGGGCACACCAGCUGAACGAUGACGGCCAGCAAGAAACUAGUGAAGAAGAGUACGCUUGGAAAACGGAAAACGAGAGCCGCGAGCCGAAGAAAAGGUUCUACGUGCAGUUCACCACCGAAAGAAAAGGACGUUUGAAGGCUCAGAUAGACACCGGAGCAACGUGCAACUGUAUGAGCAAAUCGACGUUCGCAAGAAUGAAGAAACUGGGCGCAACCGGAAAUCUAAAAACAGAAGACCAGACAAAAGUCAACAUGUACGACGGAUCCGUGGCGCACUCCAUCGGCUCGUGCGUGGUGACAUGCAGUUUCGAAAACAGGAGAUUCGAUCUGCCAUUCGUAGUAUUCGAAAGACGGCUUGAAACGCUCCUUUCGGGAGUGUGGGCAGAGGCGAUCGGAGUUGUCAAAUUCCACGCAAAUGUCGAGCGCACCUAUGGAAUCUCUGAGAGCAAAGAUCAUGAUUACGAGCAUCUCCUGAGGGAAUACUCUGACAUUUUUCGCGGACUAGGAAAAUUCGCUGAAGAUGUCAAGCUCGAACUGGAUCCGUCUGUAGCUCCAACGCAGCAAGCACCACGAAGAACGCCGAUAGUUAUCCGGGAAGCCUUGAUAGCGAAGAUUCGACAAAUGGAAAGAGACGGAAUCAUCCAGCACGUAAAAGUACCCACUCCGUGGAUCUCCAAUCUCGUCGCGGUCCCAAAAGCCGACGGUUCAAUAAGAAUCACUCUGGAUCCGGUUCAUUUGAACAAAGCCAUCAUUCGCCCUCGAUAUCCUAUGCCAACGCUGGAUGACCACCUGCCACUACUGGCAAAAGCGAAAAUCUUCAGCUUUGUGGAUGCCAAGGAUGGAUUCUACCAAAUGAAACUACAUCCUGACUCCACCGCUCUGACUUGUUUUUGGACCCCAAUCGGAAGAUUCAAAUAUCUGAGAACGCCGCAAGGCAUCAGCUCCGCACCCGAAGAAUACCAGCUUAGACAAGUACAAGCCUACGAGGGACUACGAAACGUCCUUGUUGUGGCAGACGACGCCAUCAUAUUCGGAGUAGGCGACUCUGAGGAAGAAGCGAAGAAGGAUCACGACGAAAACCUAAGGGCCCUCUUCCAGCGCGCAAGAGAGACGGGGCUGAAACUUAACAAGAAGAAACUGCAGCUCGGUAGAAGGGCUGUUCGAUACCUUGGGCAUAUCAUCUCGAACGAGGGAGUGAAGGCAGACCCUGAAAAGAUUAAGGCGAUCUUGGACAUGAGAACACCCGCAGAUCCCAAGGCAGUAAUGAGGUUCCUUGGACUGGCCAAUUAUCUCCUCGCCUUCAUUCCCAACUUCGCUGACAUCACACUGCCUCUUCGGGAAGUUGUUAAAAAAUCGAAUCAGUUCGUUUGGAUGGAGUCACAGCAAAAGGCAUUCGAAAAAGUUAAAGAAAUGCUCGCCGAGGCGCCGACCCUGGCGAUCUACGAUCCGCAAAAGGAUAUCGUCAUCCACACAGGCGCUUCAGAUUACGGGGUCGGAGCUGUGAUGCUGCAGGACAGGAGAGCAGUCGCCUACCACUCGCACACGCUAUCUCAGGCUGAGAGAGGUUAUUCGGCUCUGGAGAAGGAAUGCCUCGCUAUUGUUUCGGCAUGUCUCAAAUUCGAUCACCUUCUCUUUGGUAGGGCCAACAUCCGCGUGCUAUCCGAUCACAAACCACUCUCCAGAAUCUUCGAGAAAACACUCGAUGAAUGUCCCAAAAGACUGCAGCGAAUGAGACUGGCUCUGCAGAGAUACGACAUCCCCCGAGCGCCGAUCCACACGGCAGAGCCGGACUCGGAGAGCCAAGAGUGGGUCCUCCGAAUCGAAAUUGAAACGGCCAAGAACGAAGCGUCUCCACAAGUCUCCGACAAGACACUGCAGGAAAUCCGAGUCGCGAUGUCAACGGACGCGCAAGCAGGUAAACUUCUCGAAGCUGUAAAGACGAACAAAUGGGAAGAUUCAGAUCUGACGAUUUUCAAGCCGUUUCGGAGCGAAUUGUUCCAAGACAGCGGACUGGUAUUUCAUAAUCAAGCUUGUUUCAUACCACACGCUCUGCGAUCGGAUUUCUUGAAACGCCUCCACAGACCUCAUCUCGCGCUGAGCGCGAUGCUGAGAAGGGUCAGGGGAGCUCUCUUCUGGCCAGGCCUGAACAACGACGUGAAGGUUAUGGCAGAAAACUGCGAAGCAUGCCAGACGCACAACAUCAAACAACGAAACGAACCUCUCAUCCCAGGAGAGAUUCCCCGGCACCCGUUCGAGAUAGUACAUCAAGAUCUGUUCGACUGGCACAAUUGCAUGUAUCUGGUCACGGUCGACGGAUACAGCGAUUUCUUCGACGUCGCUAAGCUCGGGCAUUCAUCUACCACGGCCAAGAUCAUUAACGUGUGCAAGAGACUCUUCGCAUACUUCGGACAGCCGAAGCAACUGCGAACAGAUAGCGACCCGCGAUAUUUAAGUCACGAGUUCAAGUCAUUUUGCCGGAACUGGGGCAUCCAACACAAGGUCAGCGAACCCCACAACCAUCAAGCUAACGGGAAAGCUGAGUCUGCCGUAAAGGCUGCAAAGCGGCUCCUCAAGAAAGUUGAAACCGCUGGGGAGGAUUUCGAGCAAGCAUUACUAGAAUGGCGUAAUACACCUCAAAGCGAUGGAUGCCCUCCCGCGCAGAAGUUUCUCUGCCGAAAAGCUCGCACAGCUCUCCCGUGUCGGCCGCAGGAUCUCAUUCAAGAAAUCCCACAAGGAAUUGAACAAAUGAUUCGCAAGCGCCGAGAUCAGGCAAAACUCUACUACGACAAGGGCACACGUAAUCUUCAGCCACUCAAAGCCGGGGACAACGUGAGGAUACAGCCAGAAGGUCACAAGAAGGAAUGGCAGAAAGCGAGGAUCGAAAAAGCGGAGGGCCUGGUGGAGACUGGACUGCUGAAGGUCCUUGGCAUCGCCUGGAAACCCACAGAUGAUCUCUUCCAAUUUCGGCUAUCAGACAUUGUCGAGUUAACGACUACCGCGAAGGCGAUUACGAAACGACACGUGCUUCGGGUGGUCGCGUCGAUCUUCGAUCCCGUGGGAUGGCUCAUUCCCUUUACCCUCCGGGGGAAGCUCCUGAUCCAGCAGUUGUGGUCGAAGACAUUGCGUUGGGACGAUCCGCUGUCCGGGUCUCUGCUCGAUGAUUUCACUAAAUGGUCAGGUGAGGUUUCGAGGCAUCCGGUCCCACGCGUGUAUGGAAAUCCGGCUAAGGAGAUUGCCGGCUACCAGCUGCACGUCUUCGGCGACGCCAGCGAGCGGGCGUACGCCGCCGCCGCUUACCUCCAAACCUUGUACCUUGACGGAGGCAGCAGCUGCGCACUUUUGAUGUCCAAGUCGCGGGUUGCUCCUAAGGAGAGGGUGUCGCUGCCCCGGCUCGAAUCGCUGGCCGCCCUGCUGGGUGCCCGCCUCAGAGCUUUCAUAACAGGGAGGCUAGAGGCGAGGCUCGACAAGAUAACACAUUACACCGACUCCGCCGUUACCUUCUACUGGUGCAUUGCAGAGGAGCCUACAAGGAGGAAAACCUGGGUCUGCAAUCGGGUAACUGAGAUCAGGGAGCUCACGUCGUCGAGCGAAUGGGUUCACGUUGAGGGGAAACACAACAUUGCGGAUAUCGCGUCGCGAGGUCUCUCUGCCAGUUAUCUGGCCGCAAACGUCGAAUGGUUUGCGGCUCCCCACUGGUUGUACGAAUCGGAGGAUCGCCCUCCGGUGAAGCGCCUGCGGGCUGGUAGCGACGUGGCAAGUUCUAUUAGUUCAGAGCUACGCCUCGUAGUCGCACCCGUGGCCGUGAAGCCUGCACUGGUUGAUCUGAAUCGUGUCGGCAGUUGGGAGGGGUCGAUCAGAGUGAUGACGAAUGUGCUAAGGUUCGUUCGGCGCUGUCGCCGACAGGCCCUCGUUUCGGACUCAGAGCUCCGUGCGCAGUCUGAGCUACUCGUAAUCAGAUCAACGCAACAUUCAUACUUCCCGGCAGAAAUCCGUGCAACGCUCGCGCAGGAACGACCCACACGGUCCUCAAAGUUACACUCGUAUCGCCUGCUUCUGGACCAAAAUGGACUCCUUCGCGCUCAGUCCAGACUGACGUUAAGUUCAAAUUUCACCUACGAUGAACAAACUCCAAUUAUCAUCCCGGGCGAGAGUCGACUAGCAACUCUUCUCAUACUUCACCACCACAGAGUUAAUGCGCAUGUUGGAGUGAGCGCGAUUCUUAACGAGUUAAAACGUCGUUACUGGAUACUUCGGGGUCGACAGGUGAUUAAGAGGCUUCUCAGAAAUUGCGUCGUGUGCAAUCGAGUCCACGGACACACUGCUGAUCAGGUCCAAGCUCCUCUACCGCCUGAGCGAGCCUCAUUCAGUGCCCCCUUCGCUGUAACCGGGCUCGAUUUCUGUGGGCCGUUCACCACCCGAUCUCGAGAAGGGACCUGCAAGAACUACAUCGCGCUCUUCUCUUGUACCAGUAUCCGUGCUAUCAAACUGGAAUUGGUGCCCGACAUGGGCGCCCUGCAAACACAUCUCGCUCUGCGCAGAUUCCUGGCAGAUCAUCCUUCUUGCCGCAAAUUCAUAUCCGACAAUGGCCGGUCCUUCGUCCGCGCAUCGGCCGAUAUCCGUCGACUCUUCACCUCCUUCAGCAACCCGCAAGUUCGCGAAUUGCUUGCUCAGCGGCGAAUUGAAUGGGAUUUCAAUUGUCCUCGAGCGCCGUGGCGAGGCGGGCUUUUUGAGCGCCUCGUUGGCGUGACCAAGCGGUGCCUCACGAAAACGCUGGGUCGGUGCUUGAUCGGUUCGGAAGAACUCCGAACAAUCCUGUGCGAAUUAUCGGCCGUUAUCAACAAUCGGCCUCUCACCUACACUUGCGACGAGCCCGCCGAGCUUCGAGCCACCACUCCGGCGCACUUCCUCCACGGCGGCCCUCCGUCGUCACCCUUGUGCACCCUCACUUCUCUGGACAGCCUCGGACCGAAUGGUUCGGUUCUGGACGCCCCGCCCGAGGCUGAAAAGUUCGCAAAUCACUACUGCAGAGGACGAACUACUUUCAGUCUCUAUCGACUCGUUGGCAUACGGAAUACAUUUUACUGUUACGCUCGGCAAAUCUUGAUCGGAAGGGAAGGUGUUGGCCCCUAA